CUUGUAACGCGGUUUCUUGAGGAAUGCACUGUGCCGCACACGCAUUUAGCGGUUCCCUCACCGAGGUUUAUUACCGCAAUCAUCAGGGGCAGCAGUCAGCGCAACAUGGGCCUAGAAUGGUUAAGAAAAAAUAAAAAACCUGGUAGGGAUGCUGGCGUUGUCUACUUCGCUGACGACGAUAACACGUACGACCCGAGGGUUUUUAAAGAGUUUCCUCGAAGCAGAGUAAACGAUUCAAAUCUUUCCACGGCUUUCCCCCUUCCUAUGCACGUUUUCCCUCAACGUCAAUAUAUGUGGCUUUUUGCGUUUCAGAUGCGGACAACCAAACGUGGCUCAACAUGGCCCGUAGGGCUCGUAGGUGGAAUUGCGUGGGAAGGCUGUGUAACAAGCAGUGAAGAUCGAAACAAAAUUGUGGAAUUUUGGGCCGUUUUCAGACGUACUCGCAAGUUUCCUCUCGACAUGGCGGCCUUUGCGAUCAACCUGAAACUGCUUUUUAUGUAUCCUGAGGCGAAGUUUGAUUACUCCAGUGCGGGUCAGCAGGAGGGCCUUCUUCUUGCUCAACUAGGAUUUAAGAGCGCCUUCGAAUUGGAACCAAGGGCCAGCGGAUGCACAAAGGCGAGUUUAGAUAAUGCUGGUAAAAUCUGCCAAAGCCCCCAUUAG